AUGUUCAGAGCUCUGACGGAGGAUGCCGUUCUGCAGCUGCUGUGGCCUGUCCAUGUACCACUGCUGGAUGAGGAGGUGCGGGAUGCCUUAGACUCGGCGACCCAGACGCCUUUCCGCGACUUGCGUGGCUUGCCCAAGCCGAUAGUGGUCACGAAGCCCGUGGUUCUGCACUUCGAGCUCUACCCGUUGAACCCUGCGGCAGAGUUCGGCGGGCGGCUUCCCUUGCCAACCAGCGGGAUUCUUCGAGAGGCUUUGGAAGAGGCUCUGAUGGGAGGAGGUGAGCGCAUGGCUGGAUCAAAGUUCGACGGUGAGAAGCCGGACAGCGAGUUCGAGCUCCCGGAGAACGUGAAGCUCGGAGUCGGCGACACAUACUUCAGUGGCAAGCUCGCUGCACGCAUGGCGCGGCUUGUGACCAUUGCCGCGGAGAUGGGGAAGUCCGACGAGGAUUUCGUGAAGAGGAUGUUGGACGACCUGCAGACGACCUGCGAGGCGUGGCUGACAAAGAGCGGCAGCACGCCCUUCAUUUACGAUCGCUCCUGGGGAGGCUUGGUCUCCUGUGGAUGCACUUACGACGACUGUUGGAACAGCUGCGCUCCGCACUGCUCCAACGACGCGUCGAAGCCUUCGACGUGCCCGGCGCUGCGGAACGUAGGCUACAACUUUGGAAACGGCUACUACAACGACCACCACUUCCACUACGGCUAUUGGAUUUACACCACAGCGGUCCUGGCGAAGUUCCGGCCCGAGUGGGAGAAGAAGUGGAGGGAACCUGUGCUGGCCCUCAUCAGGGACUACGCAAACCCAUCCUCUGCAGACAAGAAGUUCCCUGUCGUGCGGCACAAGGACCUGGAGGACUGGUUCCUGUGCUUCUCCUGGGCCGGUGGAAUCAAGUUCGAGCCUCUUGGCAGGCCGGCUUUGCAAACAUGUACAUCGCAUGCAUGCGCAUGUGCAUGCAUGCGUGUAUGUGUUCGACAGUGA